GGAACAACAAAAACAAAGGCUCUGGAAAUAACGAAUCGUCUUCCCCCGGCAACAAGAAUCCCAACAAGAAGCCCAAGAAACAAGAGGAGCCGGAGGAGGAACAAGUGCAAAUGUCCAAGGAGGAGCUCCGACUGCUCACAAAAGCCUUGCAGAAGCACUUUCUCUUUUCCGGUCUGGAGGAUGAAGAACGGGAACUGCUGACCCGGAAAAUGCGGCGGUCCUUUCGCAUAUGCAGUGCAAAAGCAUCGUACUCGUAUAGAUGCAUUACAAAUUUUCCCAGCAUGAGAAAUAAAAUUUGCAAUGCCGCUGCACCUUGAGAAAAAGAUUUGUAAUGCAUGAUUGCAAAACGAGUACGAUGGAUACUUUUGCACAGGAUAUCGCAAACACCGGGACUUGGUUUUUCGCCAGGGCGAUGUGGGGGACUGUCUGUACGUUCUCGGCAGCGGGCAGCUUGCAGUGGAAAUCGACGAUAGACCCGUGAAACACCUACCCCGCGGAGCGCUGUUUGGGGAACUAGUGUCAAAUGUAAAAAUGUCUGGGUCUGGAAACUUGUGAUGCUGGGUGGCGUCUCAUGAUGAGGCCACAAAUGCUGGCUCAGCAUGACAAGUUUCUGAGCUUCUAGGUGUUGCCUAUUCUGCAUGACAAACUGCGUUUCUGCAUCAUAGAAAAGUGGAGCUCUUUGGUAAAGUGCAUGACAGAUUUAAGAUUCAUGUCAGACAAGCAUGACAAACCUGCAUUCUUCCAGACCCAGACAUUUUUGCAGUUGAUAACUAGCGUUACUGUACAACGUCGCCCGAACGGCGACGGUCAGGGUGACUAGUGAACAGGGGGCCGUACUGUGGAGGCUGGAUGGUAAGUAUGGACCCAAAACAGGAGACCUAAAGUUCGGGUGUGAAUUUCUUCGCCCGGCUUCUGCUCCCUUCCUUGAGUUGCUGCGGUGUUGAAGUUCUCACUCAUGUUCGACUGUGUAGGAGGGUUGAUGUUGCCUCACCCCUCUAAGGUCUCAGGAGUCACGCUGCCACACUGUCUCCAAACCCACGCCGACAAUACCAAAGAGCAUUUUUGACAAGAAUUAAAAAGCAACAAAGAAGCAUACUGCAGGGGGAAGGGGAAAGGCUUGCUGCUACGUAAAAAGCGCAGCCGUGCAUCUCAGAGGGCUUGCUUGGGGGAAGUUUCUGAAUAUUCUCAUCAUGCGUUUACUUUUUCGAGCCGGACUCGAAGUGAAAAUACAAGUCAGCAACUACCCCCUUCUCUGCCUUCCUCCUGUAGCAAUACUUCCAAAAAGAGCCCAGUAGGACCAUCAACAUCGCGCUGCGCCCAGUCAUGCAUGUCAUGGCAAAACAGGAUCCCAAAAGUUGCUUCUUCAAAACUCACGCAAUUGUGAUUCGAGAUUUCCCGACCUUUAGGCUUAGUUUUUUAGGCGUGAGGGGCGGGGCAGUGGGCCACUCGGAUCAGGUACAGAAUCACCACCGAAAAAAGGAAGAGCAAUGCAGCGCCUGUGCUGUUGCAUCACUACAGUUGUCGACUCUCUUGCACAGCGAGAUUGAAGGCAACUCGGUGGUGUGACUCACCGCCUGCUGACCAUGUGAACAACUGUAGCAUGUCGCGACGAGAAGGGACAAGCAGUCUGGAGCCGAAAGGCGAAGGGGUCAGAUGGCACUUACGAACCACGAUGAAUACGAUGCCGCGAUAGAACAAGGACGACGAGCCUGGAUCGCCUCUUUUUCCGAUCUGAAGUUGUCUAUAUGAUGUUAUAUUUCGCUGCGUUAUUUUUGUGAUUUGUAUUUAAAAAAAAAAAGUACUUUACUAUGCUCGACAGCUUUUUUCGCAAAUUCCCAAGAAUAUUGAGUAAACUUGAACGCCAAACUAACCUACCGGAGAACAAGCGGCGCGUCAAAUAAACGACGGUGACAAAACCCGCCUGGUUGCUACUUUUUCACCCGAAAGCCAGUUUUUAGCACCCCCUAUUCUGGCUACCUGGUUUUCGGCGAUUCCCAAGUUCUUUACAGACCGGGGGUCACCAGGCCGUUACUGAUAUGUAGGAGCACAGCGAUAACUACUUCGAGUGCUCUGGCUCGGUGGCUCGGCUCAGCGUUUAGCCAUGCUCAUGCCCACCCCUCCUCGCCGGUCGCGGGUCCGAAAUGACUUUAAAACUAAAUUUUUGUUAAAGCAAAGUGCCUUUUUUGCCAAAGCAACUACGCAAUACUCAAUGAUCAAGGUGCCACCGUCGCCUCGACCCUGAAGCAGUUGAAGACCCGUUCGCAGGCACAGAUCAUUUCCUUUCUGGAGUCGGACCCCAACUUCAAGUCUCUGUCCGCAGAGGAAAGGGAAGCGCUGAGCUCCGUUUGCACCAUCCAGGAGUAUAACGCCGGGGACACUAUUUUGCGCGAGGGGGAGGUCAGCGAGUGGAUGUUCAUUGUCAUGAGCGGGAAGGUAUUAUCCACAUACGGAAUGUGAAUUUUCGCGGAAGCGCGGCGGAGGACAGCAACAGCUGGAGCAUGCGCUAAUGCCCUACGGUUACAACAUACUAGAAUUUGAAUUUCUGAUCAAACUGAGCACGACGAUCUGGAUUCACGCAGGUUGAUGUCGCAUUUCAUCGAUCUGCUCCUCCUGCGCAUGAUCAACUAGAAAAAAAAACCUUGAGGUAAUGACCCGCGACUGCUACGGGAAUUACGAUACGGCGCGGAAGCACGACUUCCUGGGCUCGCUCUACAACAGGCAGCAAAUCUCGUCGGCCAAAGCGCCGGAGAAGGUGAAGUUACUUUCCUUCGGGCUGCGGAACAUCGAGCGGUUAUUAUCAAAGGGAAAAAUCCCCCCUCCCCAUAUCGAAACGAAGUUUCUGAUGCUGGAUUUGCGUCCACAAAUCAGGUCUGUCUUGCUGGAGAGGACUGCAGGCAUAUGCCAAGCCUGGGUCGAGGAGUUUUGACGUAGGGGACUAGCAUGACAGAUGUCGGCUCUGUAAGCCCAACAGCAUCACAAACCGCCGGCAUAAUGCGGCGGAUUCUCUGGCUUUGCCUUCUUGCAAGACAGACAGGAUUUGUGACCUCAAAUCUUCAUCACAAAUUUUCUGACGAAUGCGUUUUCAAUAUGGGGAGGGGGGAUCUUUCCUCACAAUAGUUAUACGGCAUCGCGGUCGAAACGGUGUUGAAGCAGGCGGUUUUGAAGAACGGGCUAUCGAUAUGACAGUGCACGACUCCUCCUCGUCUCCCUCAUUUGUCAUGCAAAAUACCCAGUCCACCCUUUGCCUCUUAGCAAUGUUUGCAUGACAAAUUCUGGUAGCUCAAAGUCAAACAGCACUACACUCCAAUGCAAAUUUGUCAUGUAAAACCGGCAGUCUUGCUGAUGCUUGUGUUGCCGUUCAUGCUAUGCAAAUAAGGGGGAGGGGAAAUUGUGCACUGUCAUAAUCGAAAACCAGCUUCUUCAACGAAUUGCUGCCCGCCCAGCAAAAAGCUUUGAUGGACACCUUCGUGGAGGAAACGGGGUUAGCUCCCGGUGCCAAAAUUCUGUCCAAAAACUCCCCACCGCAGUUGCUCGUCGUGAUAGAGGGCACUUUGGAGGUCGUAGAGCCUCCUCCAACAGGGAACAAUUUCGACCUAAGUCCAGCGAUCAUUGCCGAGGAUGUUGAACCGGAGAACACGCAGGAAGAGGAGCUAGAAGUAGAGGCAAAUAACGAUGUUGAGGAAUCCGCGCGGAUAGUGGUGCAGAACGUUAUCGAAGCGGUGACGUCGCCGAAAACUGGUGUUGCAAAAACUUCUACUUUAUCAAAUGUGAAAAUGUCUGGGUCGGGAAGAAUGCAAGAUUUGUGAUGCAGGUUUUCCAUGACCCAUGAGUUCUGGAAUGCGAGAGCGAGACCCAGCAUGACAGAUUUUUUGAGGUCUCUAUCAUGCCUUUCCUGCAUGAGAAACUUUCCCUCAACUUGGUCAAAAGCGGACAGCUUUUGGUACUUACUCACGCAACACAGAUUUUUGCAUUAUUGAGAUUUAGCAUGACAAGUUCUAACCUUCCAGACCCAGACACUUUUGCACUUGAUAUACUACUGCCAAGGAACUCAUGGAGCUUCCGUUGGACGAGUGUUCGCCGGUGGGUGGAAGUGAGGAAGGAUCUGCUGCUGCUGCUGGUGCACAAAAAAUUUCUACUUCAACAUCGAAAGAGGAUGAAGAACCGCAACCAGGAGUAAAAACUCUUGCAGCUGGAUCAACUUCAAACUCAAUUUCAGCCAGCUCGCAGCAUGGAGUUUUUCCGCCUGGAACAACCGAUCAAGAAGAGUCUACUUCGAAAACGAUCCAAAGCCUGUUGCUUAACAGUUCUUGUACGGAAGAAAAGAUCAUCGAGGUUCUCCAAUCGGGCGACAGUUUCGGCUCUGUGAACGUCCGCGGGAACCAGCCGAUGCAGUACGAAAUUCGGGUGGCCAACGCGACAGUGAGCCGGAAGAGCCGGAUUUCCAUCUCCGGAAACCGCGCCGGGGGAGGAGGACUACAGGGAGGAGGAAUAUCAAACGGUGCGCACGCGAGGAUUUACCGCACAGGGAUUGAGCAGAUACGCAAUGCGUUGCUGGUUGAUAUUGAAGGACCGCCAACUAGUACAGCCGGAGGGACAUCAACUACGGCGACGGGCCAGAACUACGGUGAAACAACUUUCCACAGCAAAAGCAAUCACCAUUACCAGCAGAUCCGCGCAAGUUCGAAGACGAAGCUUGAAUCUAUCGACGACUUGAUUAAGCAGAACGAGGUUUUCAAGGUGUUGAAGGAAAUCUUCAUCUUCAAGUCCAUGCCGAGCCAGCAGCUGAAGCAGGUUGUGUCCGCUUUAUCGCACAAGACCUACAAGCACGGGGAGUACGUGUUUAAGCAAGGUGACCCCUCGGACGCGUUUUACUUGAUCAAGUCAGGCAGCAUCGAGGUGAGCAUCAACCUUCCAUCAGGGAACAAAAAGGAGCAAGAGGGCGAAGCGGAGCAGCAGACGCAACUGCCGAACACGCUGUUGCAAGAUUAUCCUGCCGUCGAAACAGGACGAGAUGUUGCACAGCAGAACCGCAAGGUCCUCCGGACGCUUGGGGCGUGGGACUACUUGGGGGAAAGGGGGUUGCUGUUGAACGAGUCAAGAUCAGCAAAUUGCCGCGCAAUUUCGGCCGUUGGGGCCUCGUCUUCACCUGGAGGGGCAGGGGCUGCUGCUCGUGCAGGUCGUGGAGAAAUUGGAGAUGUUGAGACCACUACAAGUAGGACGCCAGCAGCAGGAGCAGCCGCACAGAGUCCAACAGAGAGCUCUUCCAGUCUCGCUGCACCCGGAACUACUGCGGAGGUAGCGGCCACAGCAAGUCGGAGCCCCGGUGGUCUUUCUAGUAGUCCUUCAUCUACUGCAACUGCGUCGGUUAAACAGACCAAAUUUGAGCAACGACAGCAACAAUCAGGCGCGAGCGAACAACUGACCGAGUGUCUCCUCCUCGACAAACCAACGUUUCUGAACAUUGUCGGCAACUUCCGAAAGGUGUUGGAACACAGGAUAAAGUUGCAGGAUUCCGAUACGGGAGUGUCAGGAUCGAAAUCGACAUUAAUCGAAAUUGUAAUGCAUAAAACGUAGGGCACGCAAGGCCUGUAUUGGGGAGCAGGCAAAUGAGACCGAUUGCAGGCCUGUUUAGGGGGACGACGCGACGUGCUACCAGAGUAGCAUGACAGGAGCAGUCUUCUUUGCCCAAACAGCAUGACAGUCUCGAUUGUGGUGCCCUCGAAGUUUGUCAUGCACCGACUAGAAACUGUGGGUCCAACUGGUAUCGAUUUUAUGCAUCACAAAUUAUUUCGAUUUUGUAGAUUCCGAUCCUGACGCUUCCAUAUCCGACAUCCAGCUAAAGGAUCUAGAGCCGCUGUGGAUCGUCGGGAAGGGGACCUUCGGCGUGGUGAAACUCUGCGCGCUAUCCUGUGCAAAAGUAUCGUGCUCGUAGUAAUCGCAGUCAUGCAUGACAAAUCUUUAUCCCAAGGUAAAACAGCAUGACAGAUCUCAUUUGUCAUGCUGAGCUAAUUUGUAAUGCAAUUACUAUACAUUAUAUUCAUGCGAAAAAAGAGGUAGACAGAGGGUCCCAGAGAGGUGGCCGAGAGGUAAAAAAGAGGUCGACAGAGGUAGAAAAGAGGUCGACAGAGGUGGAGAGGUGGCGCGGGACCCCGUUCGAGAGGGUCCGCGAGAGGGUGCGCGAAUAAGGCCCGCAGUAAGCGCCCACCCUUAGGCGCCGCCUAAGUGGCACAGAGGGCGCAGAGAGGUCAAAAAGAGGGGGCGCGAGAGGUCGACAGAGGUGGAGAGAGGUGUUGCGAAUAAGGGGCGACCUCUCGCGGACCCUCUUGGCCACCUCUCGGCCACCUCUGUCGACCUCUACCCGCGAGUAUAGCCGGACUAUUAGCGGGGACCCCCAAAAGAGGUCAAAAAGAGGGUCUGCGAGAGGUCUGCGAGAGGGUAAAAGCACAAAGAAGCGGGCGCGAAUCCGCAUGGUAGUGCCCAUAUUUGGCAUUGCAGGCCAUUCGCGGACUUGUUUUGUUCGGCGCCUUUCCCCGCCACCCUCUCGCGCACCCUCUCGCGCACCCUCUCGUGCACCCUCCCGCGCCACCCUCUCGCGCCACCCUCUCCCGCCAUGCGGCUUCUGUUCGCCCCCGGUGUUCUUUGCAGCUGCUCCCUGCGCAGAGCGCCCACAGGCGCGGGAAGCGCGCAAGUGGUCCUGCGGCUUGGCUCGGCGCAAAUCGGCGGCAGGAAUCCAGUAUGUUUCGUUGUGCCUACUAGGCCCGUGGGGUUGUGGUCCGAGCGGCAAACAGCCUUGCCCCGGCCCAACAGCCUUGCGCUCCGGCGGCAGCCGGAGCAUGGCUGGUUACUACUAGUGCGCUACUUUUGCAAUGCAUACGCGCACAAAAACGACAAAACGAAGCAGUACGCGCUGAAAUGUGUGAACAAACAGGCCGCGGUCCGCUUGAAGCAGCAGAAGUCGCUGUUGAUCGAAAGGGAGAUCAACGGGCAGUGUUUUCACCCCUGCAUCGUCCAGUUCAUCAAAACUCUGCAAGACCGAAACACGAUCUAUUUUCUGACGGAGUUUCUCGGCGGUGGCGACUUGUUCUUGGGAAUCCGGUAUCCUGUGCAAAAGUAUCGUUCUCGUAUUGCAAUCUUGCAUUACAAAUCCUUUUGCUAAGCCAAAUCUGCAUUACAAAUUUUAUUUCUCAUGCUGAGGAAAUUUGUGAUGCAUUUAUACGAAUACGAUACUUUUGCAGUUCAUAUCCGGGCAAUCGGGAUGCUGUCCAAGAAGCAGUGCUAUCAAAUGUAAAAAUGUCUGGGUCUGGAAGAAUUCACGUUUGUCAUGGUUGUCUGGCAUGACCCUGAAAUCUGUCAUGCACGUUACCCAAGAGCUCCGUUUUUCUGUGAUGCAGAAGCGCAGUUCUUUGUCACGCAGAAUACGCAACACCUAGGAGCUCAGAAACGUGUCAUGCUGGGCCAGCAUUUGUAGCCUCAUCAUGAGACGCCACCCAGCAUCACAAGUUUCCAGACCCAGACAUUUUAUUUUACAUUUGAUAAGUGCCAGUUCUAUUCCGCGUCCAUUCUGCUCGCGCUGGAGUAUCUACACGAGCGGAAGAUCAUCUAUCGAGACUUAAAGCCGGAGAACGUGUUGUUGGAUUUCGAAGGGAGGGCGAAACUGGUCGAUUUCGUAUGAGAGUGCACAACUACUCCCCCUCGUUCUCAUUUCUCAUGCAGAAUACCAAAUCCACGCUUUCCCUUCUGUCACUAUUAUGCAUGACAAGUUCUUCUGGUAGCCCAAAUAGCACUAACACUAUACUCUAGCGCAAAUUUGUCAUGUACUAGAAGUAGAACCGGCACUCUUGCUGAUGCUUGUAUUGUCGUUCAUGCAAUACAAAUGAAGGGGAGCAGGGGGAGUUGUGCGCUGUCAUAUUUCGGGUGCUGCAAGCAGAACACGCUCCGGGCGUACACGGUGGUCGGAACGCCGGAGUACCUCUAUUGCAAGGAAAAAUCCCCCCUCCCCAUAGUGAAAGUGCAUCCGUCUGAAAAUUUGUGAUGCAGAUUUGUAGCCACAAAUCGGGUAUGUCUUGCGAGAAGGCACAGUCAGGCUGUCCGCCAGGUUAUGCAGGCCAUUUGUAAUGCUGUAAGGCCUACAGGGUAGCCGUCUAGCAUGCUAGGCGCCUACACCGAAAGGCCCUUGCCUAGGCUUAGGAUCUACUGCGUGCCGUCCUCUACUGCAACACAAAGCUGCUUUGUGUAUCCAAACCCACCAUCAGAAGUUUCGUUUUGAUAUGGGGAGGGGGGAUUUUUCCUUUCGAUAACCUCGCGCCGGAGGUGUUGCUGGGGAAGGGCUACAGCUUCAUGGUGGAUUUCUGGUCCUUGGGAAUCGUUAUGUACGAGUUCAUAUGAAAUGCAAAAGUAUCGUACUCGUAUAAAUGCAUGACAAAUUCCCUCAGCAUGAGAAAUGAAAUUUGUAAUGCGGAUUUGCCUUGAGAAAAAAACUUGUAAUGCAUGAUUGCAAUUACUACGAGUGCGAUACUUUUGCAGUUGAUAGUUCAUUUGCGGACCCUUGCCGUUUGGGUCGUCGGGGGAGGAGGAAUCGAGCCAGAUGGAGUUGUUCCGCCAAAUAUUGGAAACGCCCGUGAAGUUCCCACACUAUGUGCACGACGAGGAUGGCGUGUCGAUUUUGAGUGCGUUGCUGGAGAAGAUUCCGGAUUUGAGGCUGGGAGCAUCGGCCGUCCGGGAGGCGGAAAUCAAGGCGCACGCGUACUUCGCGGGUUUUGACUUCGACGCCUGCGCGGGAGGGUAGAUAAGACUUUGUACCGUUUUUUUUGAUAAUAACUUGGAUCUUCUUGAUGUUGUCGUGCCAACGCUGAGCGAAGAGAGCAAACAGUAAAGCAUGCAGCAGGAAGAUUUAUAUCGAAAUCCAAAUCGAAAUUGCCCAUUAUGCGACCACUGCAAGGUAUAUGGAGCCGGUGUGGAAGCCGGAUGUGGAAGGGCAGCAGACUAUCCUGAGUAAAAACGUCCCCACCCCAGAGUCAAGUAGUUGGGAAAUCUGCUACACAAAUCAGCGAGCUUUGCUUGUUGCGCAUGACAAGUUUGGCUCUGUAGUGAAAUCCUGUUUAGCUAGCAAAGUAGCAUCACAGAUCUAGCAUAUCAUGCUGAUUGGAGCCUGAAAAAUUCCGAGAAGCGACCAGAAAUUCCUUCUCAUGGGGCUCCGCAUGAUAAAUAUUUCCAGGAUGUAGAUUUGCAUGACAACUAUGGGGUGGGGACGUUUUUAUGUGGGAUACAGACCUCGUGGCAGCCGUGCACGCAAGUCAAGUGCGAUGAGGAGGGAGACGACGAUAUUCUGUCCCAAAACCUCCCCAGCACCCCAGAGUCACGAUGACUAUUUCGCUACACAAAUCAACGAGCUUUGGCUGCUGCGCAUGACAACUUUGCACUUGCAGUGUAAUUGUGUUUAGCUAGUGAAGCCGCAUCACAAAUCGAUCAGCUUAGCCUGAUUCUAGCAUGACGAAUUCCAAAGCACAAUCAGAAGGUGCUCCUCAUGGGGCUGCGCAUGCCAGACUUCCUGAGCAUGCAGAUCAGCAUGACAAAGACAACUUUGGCCUGGGGACGCUUUUGCCAAGGAUAGACAAGUCAGCGAUGAGCGAUGUCAGCGAUGAUGACAAUCAGAAAAUGACCCACGCGCCCACCAGCCGGUCAACGGCUGACGCUUGGUGUGCAGGGUUCUGACGGAUAAUUGAAGAUAUGGAUGUACUACCGAGCCUAGUAGUCAUAUUCAAUGAGCCGUACUUAGUAGUUCCUAUUGUGCCCUGACUGACAUACAACGUAAAUCACUUUCUUUGUACAAUUACUUGCUGGCUAAAAAUUAUCCAGCGCUCAGGCUGAGAAUGCGAAUGCCAGACAACUAUCACGUCAAGAAAUUCAUGUGCUGCUCAAAAAUGUUUCGAAAGGUGAUUCCAUCACUGAAAAAGUGCUUUUACUAUUUUCACACCGAGGACACCAUUCAGUUCAUACAGCAGAGUGACAGAGUAGACAAGAACUACAUCUACAGUGAAGCGAAUCUUGCAUUUUUUCUAGUGCUACAGGCCAUCACACAGUGUCUCUCAGUAGUUGUUUAAGGCUUGUUUAUUCCGGAUAUUCUGAAAACAGAAGUCACAACCAAAAGCCAAAUGUAUUUCGAGUAUGUCAAGGCAAAGGGCAAGAAUAAGAAACACAAAGGGAAGGAGCUCCGGUAUUUGAUGAAUUUCGU